AUGUGCUUGGAUUUCUCGUGUGAAACACGAAGUCGUUGUUCAGGUCAGUGCAAGACGUUUUAUAAACACCGGCGAUACAACAACUUAACCCUUUGUUAAAUAUGCUAAAUAUGCAUUUCCGAAACAAAAUAAAAGUAUUUUUCCACCGCGGUAUUCUCAAAUUGAAAAUUAAAACGCAACUAUAUAAAUUAUAAGUAACAUAAGCAAUCUUGAAUGAUAUUUUCAUACAGGAAACGGAAUUUGUGUGGAUUACGAAAAAUGUCAAUGGAAUGAUAACUGGAUUGGUUUAUCCUGCGAAACUCCGACGUGUUAUGAUGUGAAUAACUGUUCAUCGAAUGGACUAUGUGUUUCUCCCAACAAGUGUGAAUGUUUUGAGCAAUAUGACGGUGUAAACUACACUGAAGAGAUAGCUGUAAACCUCAAUACCCCUAUAUUCUUAAACGAAUCUUACUCUGCAGUCGUGUCUGAAAACCAAGGGAAAGAUUUUGUUAUAUUGACAGUGUCUGCAAAUGAUUCCGAUCACGGACGGAGCGGGGAAAUUUCUUAUUCAAUCGAAGAAGCAAACAUUGCGAAUUUGUUCAUGAUUAGCCAAGACAGCGGGGAGAUCACAGUUGCUGCUGACGGUGUUUUGGACUACGAAAGUAUUUCUCAAAAACAAUUUACAUUUACGGUUGGCGCGAUAGAUAAUGGAAUCCCAACCCGAAGUUCUGAAGCGACAGUUACGAUUGCUGUGAAAGACGAGAACGACAAUUGCCCUGUAUUUAAAACAUUUCCAGGAAAUUACAAAAUACCAGUAGAAAUUCUGGCAAAUGACGAUGAUUAUGGAGAUAACGGUCAGAUACAAUACUCUAUUACAGAGGAAUCCGAUCCAGAUCAGAAAUUUUUCAUAACUUCAAAUGGCACCCUUUUAGCGAACAGCAUUCUUCAACCUGGUGCUUAUUUGUUGACCAUUGUAGCGCAAGAUCAAGGCGUUAUACCAUGUGCUCGAGAACUAAGUUUGACUGUUGUUGUUGAUGAAAUUGUUUCUCCCAACGUUCUGCCAACCACAACAUUAAUCACCACUGAACCAUCGUCCGUAAUGUCAAGUACCAUUGGUUUACAACAAUCCUCAUCACUACAAUCAAGUACCAUAGUUCCUGAACCAUCCUCAUCACUACAAUCGAGCACCAUAGUUCCUGAACCAUCUUCAUCACUACAAUCGAUUACCAUAGUUCCUGAGCAAUCCUCAUCACUACCAUCGAGUACCAUAGUUCCUGAACCACCCUCAUCACUAUAA